GUUGCGUUGCCUCCCACCGACAUUCAAGUUGGCCCUAUAUUUUGCCCGCGGUGAGAGUGACAGACCGCGUUUACAGUCAUUGCAAUUCUCGACACAUCGCAUUAUAGUGCAUGGCGCCUCUUACUAUCUCUGAUGACUAUAGCUUGGCUGUGCAUCAGUUUGUAGGCUUAAAAUAACUGGGGCAAUUUCAAAUUACUCAAUCCAUACUAGUGCAUGCCUUCUAUCGAAUAUCGUACUUAAGUGAUGCUUGCAGGUUCAUCGGGGUUCCAUUCAGGACUUGCGAGUAGGUACUUAUACAAGGCACAUACUGAGUACCAAAAUUAUCCUGAUGUCUUCCCUACUACCGGUCUCAGACCUAACGAAUUUGCAGACUGUCAAGUACGCCAAUUUGGGUAGUCUUGCAAUCCUCGUGUUUGAUUAUUGCAUCACUUUUUCCGAAGAGGUGCGAUGGACCUGGUUCAAACCAUGGGAUGUAACCCGUGUCAUAUUCGUUAUCUCCCGAUAUUUGCCUUUCGUGGGGGUUGGAAUGACUGCAUAUGACGCACUACGUGUCAGCAAUCAGUGUGCCUCUACUGUGGAAGGAUAUAUCGUUCACGUCAUAAGUAUCGCUGCUGCGGAAGCCUUGCUGGUUAUCCGGACCUGGGCAUUCUGGCAAAAGAGUAAAAAUUUGCUGAUCGGAUUAGUUGUUUAUAGUGUGUUGACAAUCAUCGCCGCCAUUGCUGCAGACUUAACUCCUACGAUGUUGAUCCCAGGAGAGGAGCCCCCUCCAGGAACAUGUUACUUCGAGAGCACACGUAAUGCUGCGAUCGUAUACUUGUUCUUGGUGAUAUUCGAAAGUGUGAUGCUGAUCCUCAAUGUGUAUAAGAGGGUCCGCGACUAUAAAGACUUUCAGAGCGGAAUCAUAGUAACUUUAUACCACGGUGGCAUGUUCUACAUGUUGUGCAUCCUCGCCGUCACGCUCGGUAAUGUUAUCUUUGAGGGUGCACUUCCGGUACAUGUCUGGUCUAUCAAAUCCUACGACUCGCUAACUUUCCUUUCUUUUCUGCAGAGCGCCUACAGCAAUAUGUUUGACUCGCUACAGCUGGUCGUUCACAGCGUCCUGGCAUCACGAAUUCUAUUCCGUCUUCGAGAUAGCAAUGAACGUGUCCACGUACCGUCCAUGUCAGUAAUGACAUUAGACACUCAGCUAAACUGUUUACGACCUUCGUCGAUGUCGAUGAGUGGGAUGGGUACUACCAGUGAAGUUUGAGGGGAAUGUAGGUGUACUAGUAUGCGGAACCAUCGGCCUCUGAGCUUAUACUAUUAUUAUUUAUUGGCCAAUGAUAGUGCGAGACCUGAGGGAAUCAAAUGGUGAUUUAUUCUUGUUUCCUCCAAGCCUAGUUGCGGU